GUCACGCGCUGGGCUCGGUGCAGGGCCUGCGGAGCGGGCGAGCCCUCGGCGGGGGGUUGCUCGGUAGCAGCGGCUUUGCGGGCUCCGACAGGCGCGACCGUGUUCCGGCCCGGCGUCCGGGAGACGGCGAGCGCCCAAGUUGGGUUGGUGUUGGGCCUUAGAGCUGAAUGGAAGGCGGGGAUGAAAACCUCAGGUCCUUGAAGUCACGUGCAGUUGCCAGACCUGACUGGUCCGGCGGGAUGGUGGAAUUGUGAUCUGUUAAGCAUAAGGCCUCUGGCACCCCCAGCACCAUGAAUGCCAUUGUCGCUCUCUGCCACUUCUGCGAGCUCCAUGGCCCCCGCACUCUGUUCUGCACGGAGGUUUUACACGCUCCCCUGCCCCAGGGUGCUGGAAGUGGGGACAGCCCUGGCCAGGUUGAGCAGGCCGAGGAAGAGGAGGGUGGCAUCCAGAUGAGCAGCCGGGUUCGUGCCCACAGCCCAGCCGAGGGUGCCAGCACCGAGUCCAGCAGCCCUGGGCCCAAGAAAUCAGACAUGUGUGAGGGCUGCCGAUCACUUGCUGUAGGGCACCCGGGUUAUAUCAGUCAUGAUAAAGAAACCUCUAUUAAGUACGUCAGUCACCAGCACCCCAAUCACCCCCAGCUCUUCAGCGUCGUCCGCCAGGCCUGCGUCCGGAGCCUGAGCUGUGAGGUGUGCCCUGGUCGCGAAGGCCCUAUCUUCUUUGGUGAUGAACAGCAUGGCUUUGUGUUCAGCCACACCUUCUUCAUCAAAGACAGCCUGGCCAGAGGCUUCCAGCGCUGGUACAGCAUCAUUGCCAUCAUGAUGGAUCGAAUCUACCUCAUCAACUCCUGGCCCUUCCUGCUGGGGAAGAUCCGUGGGAUCAUCAGUGAGCUCCAGGGCAAGGCCCUCAAGGUAUUUGAGGCAGAGCAGUUCGGAUGCCCACAGCGUGCCCAGAGGAUGAACACAGCCUUCACACCCUUCCUGCACCAGAGGAAUGGCAACGCUGCCCGCUCUCUGACCUCCUUGACCAGUGACGACAACUUGUGGGCGUGUCUGCAUACUUCCUUUGCCUGGCUCCUGAAGGCAUGUGGUAGCCGGCUGACAGAAAAGCUGUUGGAGGGUGCACCCACAGAGGACACCCUGGUCCAGAUGGAGAAGCUUGCUGACUUGGAGGAAGAAUCAGAAAGUUGGGACAAUUCUGAGGCCGAAGAGGAGGAGAAAACUGCUGCUGAGCCAGAGGGGGCUGAAGGGCGGGAGCUGCCCAGCUGCCCAGCAGAGUCGUCCUUUCUCCCGGCCUGUGGGAGCUGGCAACCCCCAAAGCUUUCUGUCUUCAAGUCCCUUCGACACAUGAGACAGGUCUUGGGGGCCUCCUCUUUUCGUAUGUUGGCCUGGCAUGUCCUCAUGGGAAAUCAGGUGAUCUGGAAAAGCAGAGAUGUGAACCUUGUCCAUUCUGCAUUUGAAGUCCUCCGGACCAUGCUGCCUGUAGGCUGUGUCCGAACCAUCCCCUACAGCAACCAGUAUGAGGAAGCCUACCGUUGCAACUUCCUAGGGCUCAGCCCUCCGGUGCCUAUCCCAGCUCAUGUGCUGGCCUCGGAGUUCGCAGUUGUUGUGGAGGUCCACACGGCCACACGCUCGAACCUCCACCCUGCUGGAUGCGAGGACGACCCGUCCCUCAGCAAGUACGAGUUCGUGGUGACCAGUGGGAGCCCUGUGGCCGCAGACAGAGUUGGGCCCACCAUCCUGAAUAAGAUUGAAGCAGCCCUGACCAACCAGAACCUGUCUGUGGAUGUGGUGGACCAGUGCCUUAUCUGUCUCAAGGAAGAGUGGAUGAACAAAGUGAAAGUCCUGUUUAAAUUCACCAAGGUGGACAGUCGCCCCAAGGAGGACACACAGAAGCUCCUGAGCGUCCUGGGCGCAUCAGAGGAAGACAACGUCAAGCUGCUGAAGUUCUGGAUGACGGGCCUGAGCAAAACCUACAAGUCACACCUCAUGUCCACGGUCCGCAGCCCCAUCGCCUCAGAGUCGCGUAACUGACUCAGAACAGCACCCCAGGUCUGCGCUGGGUUUCUGACUGCUGAGGGGAGGCCCUGUUUGAGGAGUGAAGACUUCUGGGCUGGGCUUUGUCCUCUUUAUGAGGUGCUGUGUCAUCCUUUAACUAUUGAAAUGUAGGGGAGACAGGGACAGUGAUCCCUCUGCAUCACACUGCCCCGUCAGGGACUGUCAAGAUGUGCUUCGUGCCUCCUGAGGAUAAAAGCUCAGAACUGACUCUGUAGCCUUCCUGCUGCAGUGUGUCCUCUCGGGGUCAGGAGCAAACCUUCCCACCAGGGAAGCCAGCAAGCAUCCUGGAUCGUUUGUGUGACCGGGUUGUUGAAUUCUCAGGUCAUGUGCCCACCCAUGGCCUCUGGUCAGCUUGCCUGCCAGCUUGUGGAUACAUUGAAACCAUGGCUGUUUUGUUUUGGGGUUUUUUUGUUGUUGUUGUUUUGAAUUUUAUUUUUUGAGUCAGGGUCUUAUUCUGUUGCCUGGUUUAGAACUCUCUGUGUGGCCUAUGCUAGUUUCAGACUUGCAGCAAUCUUCCUGUCUCAGCUUCCCAAGUGCUAGGAUAACAGAACUGAGCCACCAUGACUAUACAUGCUUCCUUCGCUGUUGCUGCUGCAGCAUUAACCAGUGGUUGAAGAAUAUGUCUUAAGACAGAUCGUCUCCCACCAUUGCAGUUUUAAUAAGGGUGCAGCUUAGAAGGGUUUCCUGAAAGGCUCCCAAUGUGUUUUUAUGAUAUUUUUGGUGUUUGUUUAUAUUUAACACGAAGACUAAGUUUACGUGUCUUGGUCUCUGUACAAUUGCGAGAAACAUAAUAAAUCUGUAUUUUUUUAAA